CUGAGCUACAACUACAUUUCUGAUAUUUCGCCCAUAUUCGCAUCCGAAUAUCUUACGUACCUUAAAGCUGACCACAAUCGCAUUAUCAAAGCUGGCAAUGCAAAGGCACUACAGCAUCUUCAAUUCUAUGAUCUGUCCUAUAACAAACUCACCUGCACAGACUACAUCAAUCACGGUAGAUUGAAACAUCUCAUACUUAAUUACAAUGAAAUUACUACACUGAAAGGUGUAGAGGGACCACCACUAAACCAAUUUAAACUGCGGUCUUUGGAGACUCUGGAAUUGCGUGGAAAUAAGAUUACUUCGUCCGAAGGUCUGGGCGAGCUGCAUGAUCUAAAGACGCUCUACUUUAGUGAGAACCUUUUACGUUCAGUUGAAAAUAUUUCGUCAAUGAGGGGACUUGUAAGACUACACCUUCGGGACAACAGCAUUCGGCACUUGGAUGGUUUCCUUCAAGGUCCUCCCAAUCUACAAUACUUAAAUUUAAGGGGUAAUCAGAUUAAACGUUGGCCAGAGAUAAAAAAACUAACCUCAUUGUCCACUUUGAAAAUCCUCAUCCUAAGUGGUGAGUUCAUGCCUUCUCCAUGUUGGGACUUUAGUUGUUUCUCUUGGCAUUUUACACGAAAAAAUUUCAAACCGAUUAUUAAAUAG